UAUAUCAUAAAAAAUACAAAACUAAAAUAACACUAAUCAAAUUUUUUUUUUGAUAGUCAAAUGAUUAAAAUUUUAUUUACCGGUUCAUUAGGUUAGCUAAACAUUGAUUUUCUCAAUUUAACAUAUUUUAACUAGAACAAACUAACAUCCAAAAUUUCUUAGAAUAUAUAUAUAUAUAUAUGAUUUUUUUUUUUCAAAUCGUUGAAGUUAAAAUAUAAAAAUAAUGAUGUCCAAGUGUAAAUUAAUUAUUAUUUUUAAAUACAACAAUGUUAUAUUUAAAAUUAUUUUUUUUUAAGCAAAAAAUAUUAUAUUUAAAAUUAUUAUUUCUGCGCAUGGUCCAAGAAAACUCUUAGUAGUUUGUAUAUAAUGAGUAAUUUCAGUUUUAAGAUUAGUUUUCUAACAACGAAAUGAAUUAGCUGGUUAAAAAUAGAAUAUUAUAUGUUUGAUAAACAUGUUAAUUAUAGGAGAAAACUAUCCCCAUGCGUUUGGAACAAUUAAUAAAAGCUACAUUAAUAUUUAGUGAUGAUAAUAGCUUAAUUAAGAUUUAAAAGCAUGCCAAAGAAAGCCGGCAUGCAUGAGAGAAUAAAUGGUAAUUUUUCUUAUAUAAUCCUCAUUGAAUAUGUUUUAUGGGAUUGCAGUUGCAGGUCUCCUUAAUAUCAAAGAUUAAAAGUCACAACAAAAAGCAAUGUCUCUCGUUAAUCAAAUAGUUGGCGAAGGAGCAGUGGCGGAUUUAUGUGUGUGGAAAAACAAGAUAAAAUCAGGCAUCACACUUGUAAUGGCCACACUUAUCUGGUUCCUACUGGAGAUCAUGGAGACUCGAUUUGUACCCUUUCUAUGUUCAAUCUUAUUACUCUUGAUGCUUCUUUUGUUCCUCUGGGUCAAGUUUGGACAACUAUUUUUCAUUAGGAGACCUCUCACUCCCCAAGAAAUCAAACUAGAAGAUUCCCCUGUUAGAGCCUUAUUUUCAAAGAUCGAAAGCCUUCUCUUGAUGCUUUACGAGAUUGCAUAUGGGGAAGACAUCAAAACCUUUCUCUCGGCCAUCCUUUAUGUGGCCAUCGUAGACACUGUUGGGAGCUACAUAAACCUCCUUACAAUUUUGUAUAUAUGCUUGGUCUGCGCGAUGACGAUUCCAGUUUUGUACCUGCAAUUUCAAGAGGUUAUUGACAAUUUCAUUAGGGAGGUAUCAGAAGAGAAGAACAAGUUACUUGAAGUACUCAAAUCUAAUGUUCUCAAUAAAAUUCCUAGGGCCACCAAGGAGGAAUAGUACA